GUCGCUCCUCGCCCAUGGCGAACCAGAUUGAUCUUCGCGUCGGGAGAGGCACCAAGCUGUUGCGAAGAGCAACCCGCAACAGACUGCACGCGGAUGCCAUUGCCGUGAGGGAUGCAGCCGUGCAUGCAUCUAUGCACAUGAACGAGAAGCUGCUGGUGCAUGGCACAAGCCGCCCCUCGAGGGUGCCUGCGGGUUUGGUUGGCUGCUGUUUCGACAAGACCCUGGACCGCACAAGAUGGGUGGUGAGCGCACAGCACACCUGCGGCAGAGAUGCAUGUGCACAAUACGAGCUGCACCACUGUAUCAGGCGCUCCCCAUCAGAUCAGCAGCACGCCAAGCCUCGACACCGGCCACUGAAAGCACUCGAAAGGCUGAUGGGCAUCGUCCCGGUACGAUGGGGGGUCUUUUGUCCAAGCGACUUCACGCCUUGUGGACACUGCACCAUCGCCCAGAGGGGUCGUGUCGAACUCGAAACGGCAGCAGCACCGUUGCUGGUCGUCGUCCCAGGAUCUACAGGGUCUUCUUUGCUGUGACCACUCUGCCAGGCUGGCCCAUGCCGGUGGUUUUGGUUUUGGUCGCCAGAAACAAGAUUAG